AUGAAGAAGAUGUACAAGAAAGGCACUGUUCAUCCGACGCCACCUUUGGUUUCUGACCAAUUGCUGUCAUUUUUGCCAGCGACAAUCUUGACACUCACGGCGGCUCUGUCACUGGAGGACAGAGAAGUUUUGGCAUAUCUCAUUUCUUGCUCCUCCACCAACUUUUCCAACCAUCCCCGCAAGAACACCCUCAAAAUCACCAGCACCGCCUCCGAUGACCACCGGCCAUCUUUCAACUGCUACUGCUUUAGUUGCUACACGAGCUACUGGGUGAGAUGGGACUCUUCGCCUAACCGUCAACUCAUACACGAAAUUAUAGAUGCUUUUGAAGAUGGUCUGCAAAUGCAAAACAAGAAAGAAAAGAGCAAAAGAGAGAGAAGGAAGAGUAGACGUAAUAACUGUCAUAAAUCAGAUGAGUCAAAAGUCUCUGAAAUGAGCUUGAGUAAGAACGAGUUUACCGAGUCAAAUUCAACGGCGGAGAGUGCCAUUUCCAGUGAUGCUGAGGAUGAACAAAUGGCGGAGGAAGAACUCGAAAGAGGGUCUGUUGGCGGGUUCUUGAAUUUUCUUGGAGAGAGAUUUUGGGGUGUAUGGACCUGA